GAGCUUGACACAUUGGCAUGGGACAGGGUGUAUUGAGGGGUGAGGGGCACCCCAAUAAUAACCCCAACUGUAAGGUGGGCUGGAAGUCACUUGUGGGAAUAGUCACCAUUUUUAUGCUCAUUCUGUGCGACCAAAGCAACGGGAAAAUUUGCUGCAGUAUGGAUAUCCGAAAUAAUAUCAGUCAGUUCAGUAUGCUUGAGGACUGUACAGUAAUUGAGGGUCACCUUCAGAUCUUGCUUAUGUUCAGCAGCAAACCAGAGAACUUCCGAGGGUUGAGAUUUCCCAAGCUCACCAUGAUCACAGAUUACCUCCUGCUUUUUCGGGUCUACGGCUUGGAAAGUAUAAAGGACCUUUUCCCAAACCUUACAGUUAUCCGUGGUACACGCCUCUUCUUCAACUAUGCCCUAGUCAUCUUUGAGAUGGUCCACCUAAAGGAGAUUGGACUCUACAACCUAAUGAACAUUACUAGAGGGUCUGUUAGAAUUGAGAAAAAUAAUGAGCUUUGUUAUCUUUCUACAAUUGAUUGGUCCAUAAUUCUUGACUCUGUGGAGGAUAAUUACAUUGAACUUAACAGAGACAAUAAAGAGGAGUGUGGAGAUGUUUGUCCUGGCACAGUAAAAGGCAAGAGCAAAUGCAAACAGACAUUAGUUAAUGGAGCCCUCGUUGAGCGCUGCUGGACACAGGACCACUGUCAAAAAGUGUGCCCUUCAGAUUGUAAGGGGAGUGGUUGUUUGCCAGAUGGACAGUGCUGCCACCCAGAGUGUCUAGGAAGCUGCCGCAAGCCGAAUGAUCCGUCGGCGUGUACCGCCUGCCGACAUUUCCAGUAUGAGGAUGUGUGUAUCAAUGCUUGUCCCAAAGGGUCUUACAAGUUCCAGGGUUGGCGGUGCAUCGACUUCAACACCUGUCAAGAAAUGCACAGCAGGUGCCAAAAUUCACGGGAUAACUCUUCUCCUCCAUACGUCAUCCACAAGGGAGAGUGCAUGCCAGAUUGCCCAUCCGGGUAUAUUGCCAACUCAACUACCCGUACUUGUACACCCUGUGCAGGACCUUGCCCCAAAAUUUGCCCCAUCUUACAGAAUGUCAAGACCAUUGACUCAGUGACAUCUGCUCAAGAAUUAAGAGGUUGCACAGUGGUCAACGGUAGUCUUAUUAUCAACAUUCGUGGAGGCAACAAUAUUGCAACAGAAUUAGAAGCCAACCUGGGACUAAUUGAAGAGAUUUCUGGAUUUCUUAAGAUCAGAAGAUCAUAUGCGUUGGUGUCUUUGUCAUUCUUCCGCAAGCUACGUUUAAUUAGGGGAGAAGUGUUGGAAGCGGGCAACUAUUCCUUCUAUGCUUUGGAUAAUCCCAGCCUACGCCAGCUUUGGGACUGGCAUAAGCACAACCUGACCAUUAUACAUGGCAAACUCUUCUUUCAUUACAAUCCACGACUAUGUCUGUCUGAAAUUCACCAAAUGGAGGAGGUUACAGGAACAAAGGGCCGGCAAGACAAAACUGACAUUGCCACGAAGACCAAUGGAGAUCAGGCAUCAUGCGAGGACAAUUUGCUGAAUUUCAAUUUUAUAAAGACAUCGCAUGAUAUGGUGCUAUUAAGGUGGGAUCCGUACUGGCCCCCUGAUUACAGAGAUCUCUUGGGCUUCAUGGUGCAUUAUAAGGAAGCCCCCUACCAUAAUGUCACUGAAUUUGAUGGUCAGGAUGCUUGUGGCUCCAAUAGUUGGACAGUGGUAGAUAUGGAUGCCCCAGAGCGAAGUGCUGAUGGCAAGACUCAAUCUCCAGGAUGCUUGCUCCGUAACCUGAAACCAUGGACUCAGUAUGCAAUAUUUGUUAAAACACUGGUGUCCGGAUCAGAAGAAGGGCGAACUUAUGGUGCAAAAAGCAAAAUUAUCUACAUUCGUACUAAUGAAACCAUCCCCUCCGUCCCUCUGGAUCCUUUCUCUGUGUCCAACUCAACCUCUCAGAUUAUUUUGAAAUGGAAACCACCCUCUGAGCCCAAUGGAAAUGUCACCCACUACCUUGUGUACUGGCAAGAGCAGCCUGAGGACAGUGAUCUUUAUGAGGUGGAUUACUGCAAUAAAGGUCUUAAGUUGCCAUCCAGAACAUGGACUCCUCCC